AAAUUGAAGGGGUUCAACGUUUGCGUCACCCUACAGCGACGAACGGCGUACACGAGACCGGGUUGUUUCGGCGCGAAUAGACGGUACUCUGUAGGGUAAAGGUUUGAAGAGGGCCAUGACCUCUCUAGUGGAUUAUGAAAGAUCUGACUCUGAAGAUGAACCCGCAGAACAGGAGGGGAAGGAAUUUUUGAAUUGUAAGACUGACUCAGUGGUGAACAGUUCCCCAGGACCAGUGGGGCUUCUUGUUUUGGGCUCAAGGCCUCCUGAUAGUACUCUUCCCAACAUCCAGGAUGGCGGAUGUGAACCAGCAGCAUUAAAACCACUGAAGGAGGUCAGCACUAGCCACUGCAUGGACCUAGUGUGCUGUACAAGUGGGGCACAGCUCGCACUAUCCUCUACUCGCACCCUGCACAGUUCUGGGUAUGCAGGUUCCCUGAAGAGACCUCAGUCUUUUACGGCCACUGUGAGGCCCUAUGUGUCGAAAAGGCAGCGAGCGGCUCUGCAGGAAUCAACUGACUCUAAGGAUGUUCCUCAGGGGAGCUGCUCUGUGGAGCUCAGCUUGGUUUCUAGCACCAGGUUGCUCAGUGAGGUGUCUGAAAGCGUCCGUCCAUACCUGGGACAGAGGAGAAGGGGUACGGAGUUACCAAGGCGCGUGCGGCACUGCAUCCAGGCCCACCAGGGCCCAGUGAAUGUGCUCCAGUGGUGCCCAGUGCCCCAUCUCAGUCAUCUCCUCCUGUCUGCCUCCAUGGACAAGACUGCAAAGAUCUGGGAUGCUGAAGGCAGUGGGCGGUGCUUAUUCACAUGCUCUUCUCACUGUGGGUCUGUGAGGGAUGCUUGCUGGACCCCGUGUGGAAGACGCUUCCUCACGGGCUCCUUUGACGACACAGCCCACCUGACAGACGUGGAGACUGGCCAACAGAUUGUGAAAAUGAGGAACCAGUUUAAAGUGACCUGUCUGGCUGUGCAGCCCAGUGAUCCCAGUGUGUUCCUAUGUGGGGGAUUCAGCCCAGAGGUCAAGGCCUGGGACACCAGGGCCUGCAAAGUGGCGAGAACAUACCAGGCUGGGAUCCAGCAGACUCUGGACAUCUUAUUCUUGGCAGGGGGGAAGGAAUUUGUCUCAAGCAGUGACUCUGUCAGCCGGGACUCUGCAGAGCGCACACUCAUUGUAUGGGACUUCCAGACCACAGCUAAGAUCUCCAAUCAGAUCUUUCAUGAGCGCUACACGUGUCCCAGCAUGGCUCUUCACCCUCAUGAAAAUACCUUCGUGGCACAGACCAAUGGCAACUAUAUGGCCCUGUUUGCAGCACAGAGACCGUACAGAAUGAACAAGAGGAAACGGUAUGAAGGACACAAGGUUGAGGGCUAUGCGGUGGGCUGUGAGUUCUCUGCGGAUGGGACAGUGCUGGUAUCAGGCAGCUCCAGCGGUUCAAUCCACUUUUACGACGAGCAGAGUACCCGACAACUGCGAGUCCUCCAGGCACAUGGACAGGCUUGUUUGUGCACAACGAUGCACCCCGUGUUGCCUGCCGUUACCGCCUCCUGUGACUGGGGCGGAGAGCUCAAAAUUUGGCACUGACAUAUUGGUGGAGCAUGUGGUCAGGAGAAAAAUGAACAGAAGGGCUGCCCAGCAAGGACAAGCAUGAGCUUGUAUAGAACUCAUUUGAUUGCUGAUAUGUUCAACUAGCACAUACACUCUCCACGACAGGUACAAUCUACUAAAUGUGAAUAUUACAGAUGGGAGGUCAAUGCAUAUUGGAAUUUCUUGGAUUCAGUGAAGAUUUGUAAUUUUGUGUACCUAACUUAAUAAUGGUAAAACCCAUUGUUCUAUAUGUUUUUGGAAGAAGAGUGUGAGCCACAAAUAUGGAAACCUAGCAAACAUUUCAUCUUAAAAACAAUGCCAUCAAUAUUACUUUAAUAUGGAUGAUUUUUUUAUUCAUGUUGGUCAGACAAAAGGAUGUUCAUACUAACUUCCCAAUUAAAUGUAC